AUGUCGGAAAAGGCUACCGAGAUUGUGUACAUACCCAUGAAACCCGGCCUCGAUCUCUCAACGGACGAAGCGAAAGAAACAUGGGAGUCAACACUCAGCACUAUUGCCAAACAGCCCGGUGCCAAAGCAUUGUACUGGGGCCGACAGAUCGAGAACCCAGACACCGUGCAAAUGGCCGUGGAAUGGGAAUCUAUCGAGGACCAUAGAACAUUCGAAAAGACCCCAGGUUACCAGCCUUUCCUAGCAACCAUCAUGGACAAGCUUGCAUCUGGCGACGACCCAACAAUCUUCCACGUCAACUUUCCCACUUCGCAGUCUGGAAGCGAUAACCCAUUCACCAUGCCCGUAACCGAGUGCAUAAACGCCUUCUUCGCCCCCGACUACAAUCAAGAGGAAUAUAGCUCUCAGUUCUCUACUUUCCGCACCAUGGCAACUGAGAUACCUAAUGUUGAGGCCAAAGGAGUGAUUGGUGGAUGGAGUGUUGAACCGCAGAAGCAUGAGAGUCUGGAUGAGGGUGUUGAUGGAAAGCUGUUUGCGGCGUUCAUUGGAUGGCCAAGUGUAGAUGCGCAUAUGGAAUUCCGCAAGACUGAGGAUUUCGGGAAGCUUAUCCCGCAUCUGAGGGGCGGGCCGAAGGGGAUGAAGGUUUGGCAUGUUGCGUUCCAACAGUACAAGUAG